GGCCGCAGGCUGUAAUGGCGGCCGGCGGCGGCUCGGUGCUGCUCUGACACCCGCACACGGCCGGGCGCAGCCCCCCGCCUCCCCGCAGCCGUCCCGCCUCCCCCGCCCAGCGCCGCUCGCCCCCUCCGCGGCCCCCCGCCGCAGGCCCCCGCCGCGGGACGAGGAGCGGGAGGAGGAGGGCUCCCCGCAGACAAUGGACGAGCACCCCGGAGCCGGGGGAGGAGGAGGAGGCGGCGGGAUGGCGGCCGCGCCGAGACCGCAGCAGCCGCCGCCGCAGGCGGGUGGGAGCGUGAACCUGCAGCCGGCCGGGGGCUGCGCGGGGGCCGGCGGCGGAGGAGGAGGAGGGCAGCAGCAGCAGCAGCCGCCGCAGGGCCCCGCGGCCCCGGCCGGGCAGGAGGCGGCGGGCCCCGCCGAGCUGUCCCGGCCGCAGCACUACACCAUCCCGGGGAUCCUGCACUACAUCCAGCACGAGUGGGCUCGCUUCGAGAUGGAGAGGGCGCACUGGGAGGUGGAGCGGGCCGAGCUGCAGGCUCGGAUAGCAUUUUUACAAGGGGAAAGAAAGGGUCAAGAAAAUCUGAAGAAAGAUUUAGUGAGAAGAAUAAAAAUGUUAGAAUAUGCAUUAAAACAAGAAAGGGCAAAAUAUCAUAAAUUAAAAUAUGGCACAGAAUUGAACCAAGGUGACUUGAAAAUGCCAACUUUUGAAUCAGAAGAAACCAAAGAUACGGAGGUUCCUGCAGUACCUCAAAAUAGCCAACUGACCUGGAAGCAAGGCAGACAAUUACUAAGACAGUAUCUGCAGGAAGUAGGUUAUACAGAUACGAUAUUGGAUGUACGCUCCCAGCGGGUCAGGUCUUUGCUUGGGCUCUCCAAUUCAGAACCAAAUGGUUCAGUAGAGACAAAGAACUUAGAACAGAUUCUCAAUGGGGGUGAAUCUCCUUCAUCAAAACAAAAGGGACAGGAAAUCAAAAGGAAUUCUGGUGAUGUUCUUGAAACAUUUAACUUCUUAGAAAAUGCAGAUGAUAGUGAUGAAGAAGAGGAGAGUGACAUGAUAGAAGAUAUUGCAGAAGGAAAAGAAAAGCACCGGAUCAAUAAGAAACAUAAAAUUGGUAAUGAAGGUUUAGCUGCAGACCUUACAGAUGACCCUGAUACUGAAGAAGCGUUGAAAGAAUUUGAUUUUUUAGUAACAGCUGAAGAUGGUGAGGGAGCUGGAGAAGCCCGAAGUUCAGGAGAUGGAACAGAGUGGGACAAAGAUGACCUGUCCCCAACUGCUGAGGUUUGGGAUGUAGACCAGGGACUAAUAAGUAAACUGAAGGAACAGUACAAGAAGGAACGAAAGGGGAAGAAAGGGGUAAAGAGAGUCAACAGGACAAAACUUCACGACAUGAUAGCAGAUCUUGGCGAUGAUGAGAUACCCCACAUCCCUUCAGGAAUCAUUAAUCAAUCUAGGUCACCCUCUUCUAGAAUGACUGAUCAUGAAGGUGCAAGAGCAGAGGAAGCUGAGCCAAUAACGUUUCCAUCUGGAGGAGGCAAGUCAUUUAUUAUGGGUUCUGAUGAUGUUUUGUUAAGUGUACUGGGCCUUGGAGACCUUGCAGACUUGACAGUAACAAAUGAUGCAGACUAUAGUUAUGAUCUGCCAGCUAAUAAAGAUGCCUUCCGAAAGACAUGGAACCCUAAGUAUACGCUACGCAGUCAUUUUGAUGGAGUGCGGGCAUUAGCUUUUCAUCCUGUAGAGCCUGUGCUGGUUACAGCCUCUGAGGACCAUACUCUAAAACUUUGGAAUUUGCAGAAAACAGUUCCUGCCAAAAAGAGUGCCUCUUUAGAUGUAGAACCCAUCUACACAUUUAGGGCCCACAUUGGACCUGUAUUGUCUUUGGCAAUUAGUUCUAAUGGAGAACAGUGUUUCAGUGGUGGUAUUGAUGCAACCAUCCAGUGGUGGAACAUGCCUAGCCCUAAUGUUGACCCGUAUGAUACCUAUGAGCCAAACGUUCUAGCUGGCACAUUACUUGCUCACACAGAUGCAGUCUGGGGUCUCGCUUACAGCGGUGUAAAGAAUCACUUACUAUCUUGUUCAGCAGAUGGCACUAUUAGAUUAUGGAACCCACCAGAAAAAAUUCCCUGUAUUUGCACUUACAAUGGAGAGAAAGAGCAUGGAAUACCUACGUCAGUUGACUUUAUAGGUUGUGAUCCUGCACAUAUGGUGGCAUCUUUUAACACUGGCAGCACAGUCAUCUAUGAUUUAGAAACAUCCCAGUCAGUGGUAAUGCUUUCAUCGCAAAUAGAAUCUGGUGUACAAUCAAGUAAUCAUAUUAACAAGGUUGUAAGUCAUCCCACACUUCCUGUAACUAUUACAGCUCAUGAAGAUAGACACAUCAAAUUUUUUGACAACAAAACGGGUAAAAUGAUCCAUUCUAUGGUUGCUCACUUGGAUGCUGUCACAAGUCUAGCUGUAGAUCCUAACGGAAUCUAUUUAAUGUCUGGAAGCCAUGAUUGUUCCAUUAGAUUAUGGAAUUUGGACAGCAAGACAUGUGUGCAAGAAAUAACAGCUCAUAGGAAAAAGCUGGAUGAAUCAAUUUAUGAUGUAGCAUUUCAUCCAUCAAAAGCAUAUAUUGCCAGUGCAGGAGCUGAUGCCCUUGCCAAAGUAUUUGUGUGACACAGCAGAACAAACCUGCAUCAUAACAGCAGGUCUGUUUGGACAAAAAAGAGGGAAUGCAUCACUGCCAUCAAUAAGGUUACCAAUAAGACACUACAUCUGAUCUGCCUGGGUGAAGGCUCUUAAGUGGGGCAGGUAUAAGUUGGUGAAAAGUCACCACAUCUUGAACAAUGUCAGGCUCAUUCAUUUAACUGUAAUUACUGUAUGGGGGGGGUGGGGAGAAGUAAAAAAAAAAAAAAAAAAAAAAGAAUAAAAAGAAAACCAGUAUUUGUAGCCUUGACUGGAUAUGAACUGAGCGUAUGUCUGUUCUUUAGGUGUCUUUAAGCAAACGUGGAGUCUGAUCUUACAAAAGACUUUUAUUUUGGACUCUGUGUGCUGCCUUAGGGUUAGGAAUGUGGUGCUCUUGUGGGGGGAAGUGAGCUCCAAGAGUAGCUUUCUUUUCAUCUCUUAGUAAUCUUCUGUUUAUCAGUUGAAUGCCACAGAUUCCCCUUUUAAACUUUUAUUUUGCUUUAAAGAAAAGGAAAUUUAACUUAAAAUAUUUUAGCAUUAGUUGCACAAAAUGUUUGGAUAAAAUUCUAGUUUUUAUAAGUCUUUUAUAUAUUUAGCCUGUCACAACAGUGCUCAAGAUUGUAUUGAUAAUGUUUUUCUGCAUUAUAGAACCCUAAAACACAGAGAUCUCACUGACCCGCUGCCGUGUAACCACACUCUUCCCUUCUUUUGCCUAAUACAGCUCAGCUAAGUCCUUGCAUAAGGAUGCUAAUUCUUCAUCAUCGCAUAACUGUCUUCAUAAAUAAAGGACUGUAAAAUGUGUUUAAAUGAAACACAGAGGGGUUAACACCCCCAAUGAACUCUUAAAAAAAAAAAAUUAAUCUUGGCAUCCUAUCACUAUGUGAUAUUUUGUACAUCUUACUGUAUUUACGAGUUUAUUUAUCAAGGAUUACCCAUCUUGCUAAUGGCCUAUUGUUAUUUAUUUCACUUUUUGUUGGUCUUUAUAGCCUUUUAUGUAGUGUGUUAAAGGGCCCUGUAUAUCUAUUAUGGCACUCUUUGAACAGUCUAAAAUAGAUGAGAAAAUGGGACAUUUCAUAAUUCUAAAGUUGCAAACCAAGAAUUUUUUUUCCUCUGGUUAAGUACCUGGAGUGGAGUUGUGAUUCCAAAAAACAAUCUUGUUUCAGAACUUUUGGAGUGAAAAAUAUUUUUAUUUGCGUUUCGAAUAGAAUACAAAAGUAGUUGAUUCAAGAUUCAUAAAUCUGCUGUGUUUUAACUAGUUAUUCCCUGCUUUUAUUUUCUUUUCAGACGUGCUUCAGUUUAUGGUGUAACUAAAGAUUUUGUUUGUGUAAUGCAUGAUUAAUACAAUAAAGUAUUUUUUCUAGUCUUCCACAAAACUUUUCUGAUCAGUUUGCGAGUUUUGAUGAGUUUUGUAAGGUUUCUGUUUUACAAACUAUGAAUCAGCAAAUUUUUAAGAUUGUACCACAUAGCAGAAGUACAGCUGUUGAAAAAUAAUGUAUAUAAAAUGCAUAUAAUAAAUAUUAAAUGGUGUACCUGUA